AACAGAAUAAAAGUUAAGAAAGCCCCACUAACAGAAUGAAGCUUCAGAUAACUGUGUUUGUCCUAAUCCUCUGGACUGAAGUGCUGGCAGAUCAGAGCCCAGGGCCAGGCCCCGAGUAUGCAGAUGUGGUGUUCCUGGUAGACAGCUCUGAUGACCUGGGGAGUAAGUCCUUCCCGUUUGUGAGAACUUUCCUCAACAAGCUGAUCACCAGCCUCCCCAUAGAGGCCAGCAAGUACCGUGUGGCCCUGGCCCAGUACAGCGAUGCUCUCUACAACGAGUUCCAGCUGGACACCUUCAAGAACAGGAACCCCAUGCUGAACCACCUGAAGAAGAACUUGGGGUUCAUCGGUGGGUCCCUGAAGAUAGGCAACGCCCUGCAAGAGGCCCACAGGACCUAUUUCUCCACUCCCACAAAUGGAAGAGACAGGAAACAGUUCCCCCCAAUCCUGGUGGUGCUGGCUUCAGCAGAGUCUGAGGAUGAUGUGGAAGAGGCUUCCAAGGCCCUGCGGGAAGAUGGGGUGAAAAUCAUCUCGGUGGGGGUGCAGAAGGCUUCUGAGGAAAACCUGAAGGCCAUGGCCACAUCCCAGUUCCAUUUCAACCUCAGGACUGCCAGAGACCUCAGUGCGUUUGCCCCAAACAUGACACAGAUCAUCAAAGACGUAACUAAAUACCGGGAAGGAACAGCUGUGGCCCCAUUGACACCUGCAGCCCCAAUAACACCUGGAGUCCCAACCACAGCUGCAAUCAAUGCUAAUAUGACAGUUCCCUUUCCCACAUCCUGUCAGAAGGACUCCCUUGCAGACAUUAUAUUCUUGGUGGAUGAGUCAGUGGGGACCACAGAAAAUCUGAGGGCCCUGCAGAACUUCCUGGAGAAUGUCACCAGCUCUGUGGAUGUGAAGGACAAUUGCAUGCGACUUGGACUGAUGAGCUACAGUGACAGGGUUGAGACUAUUUCUUCCCUGAAGUCAAGCACCAACCAGUCUGAAUUCCAACAGCAAAUCCAGAAGCUCUCCCUCCGGUCUGGGGGGUCUAAAGUUGGGGCUGCCAUUGAGCAGAUGAGGAGAGAAGGCUUCUCAGUGUCCGGUGGCAGCAGAAAGGCACAAGGGGUCCCUCAGAUUGCCGUGCUGGUCACCCACAGGCCAUCAGAUGAUGCAGUGCGGAACGCUGCACUGGAUCUUCGCUUGGAGGGUGUAACUAUGUUUGCUCUGGGCAUCCAAGGUGCCAACAACACACAGUUAGAAGACAUAGUGUCCUAUCCUUCCAAGCAGAGCAUUUCCACACACAGCUCCUACAGACACUUGGAAUCGUACAGUGGGAACUUCCUGAAGAAGAUCCACAAUGAAGUCUGGAGCCGAGUUUCUACCCAUGCUGAACAAAUAGAGCUUGAUAAAACUGGCUGUGUAGAUACAAAGGAGGCUGAUAUCUAUUUCCUCAUUGAUGGCUCGUCCAGCAUCCACAAGAAACAGUUUGAGCAAAUCCAGAUAUUUAUGUCGUCUGUGAUAGACAUGUUUCCCGUCGGUCCCAACAAUGUCCGAGUUGGAGUCGUGCAGUAUUCACAUAAGAAUGAAGUGGAAUUCCCUGCCUCCCUCUACCUGGAUGGCAUUGCCUUGAAGAAGGCUGUUUUUAACAUCAAGCAACUCAAAGGUCGUACAUUCACUGGGAAAGCCCUGGACUUCAUACUGCCGAUAAUAAAGAAGGGGAAAUCAGAGAGGGCAAAUGAAAUCCCCUGUUAUCUCAUUGUACUGACCGAUGGGAAGUCAGAAGACAGUGUUCUAGAACCUGCCAACAGAAUAAGGGCUGAAGAUGUCACCAUUCACGCAGUCGGGAUUGGCGAGGCGAAUAAAACACAACUGCAACAAAUUGCUGGGAAAGACGAAAGGGUCAACUUUGGGCAGAAUUUUGAUUCCCUAAAGAACAUAAAAAAUGAAAUUGUUCACAGCAUCUGCUCUGAAAAAGGUUGUGAAGAUAUGAAGGCUGACAUCAUGUUUUUGGUGGACAGUUCUGGAAGCAUAGGGGAUACAAAUUUUGAGAUAAUGAAAACCUUCAUGAAAAACCUGGUGGGGAAGAUUCAGAUUGGUGCCAGUAAGAGCCAAGUUGGCGUUGUUCAGUUCAGUGAUUAUAAUAAGGAAGAAUUCCAGCUCAAUACAUUCUUCACACACAAAGACAUUUAUGCCGCAAUAGACAGGAUGUCGUCCAUCAAGAGAAACACUUUGACCGGAAGUGCACUAACCUUUGUAAAUGAGUACUUUGACCUUCCCAAGGGGGGGCGUCCCCAGGUUAGAAAAUUUCUCAUCCUCCUCACAGAUGGGAAAGCCCAAGAUGAAGUAGGGGGUCCUGCCAUGGCUCUCAGGAACAAAGGUGUGACCAUCUUUUCUGUGGGUGUAUAUGGUGCCAAUAGGGCUGAGCUGGAGGAAAUCAGUGGGGAUGGCAGCCUGGUUUUCCACGUGGAGAACUUUGACCAUCUGAAGGCAAUAGAGAGUAAACUCAUCUUUCGUGUGUGUGCUCUGCAUGAUUGCAAGAGGAUCGAACUCUUAGAUAUUGUGUUUGUGCUGGACCAUUCAGGCAGCAUAGGUUCACAACAACAAGAGAGCAUGAUUAACCUCACCAUCCACUUGGUGAAGAAGGCAGAUGUUGGUAGGGACCGAGUCCAGUUUGGAGCUCUCAAAUAUUCCAACAAUCCUGAGAUUCUUUUCUAUCUUAACACAUACUCAAGCAAAUCAGACAUCAUUGAGCACCUGAGGCGGCCCAGGGCCACCUCAGGGGAAACCUACACUGCCAAGGCUCUUCAGCACUCCAACAUCCUGUUCACAGAAGAGCAUGGCAGCCGCCUGAAGCAAAAUGUGAAACAGCUGAUGGUUGUCAUCACGGAUGGCGUGUCGCAUGACCGAGAUAAACUCAAUGACACAGCGUGGGAACUAAGGGACAAAGGCGUCACCAUCUUCGCAGUAGGUGUCGGAGAUGCCAACCAAGGUGAACUGGAGACCAUGGCAGGGAAGAAAGAAAACACUGUCCAUGUAGACAAUUUUGACAAACUGAGAGAUACUUACCUGCCUCUGCAAGAAACUCUGUGCAAUAAUUCACAAGAGACCUGUAACCUUCAGGAAGCCGAUGUGAUUUUCCUUUGUGAUGGCUCUGACAUGGUGUCUGAUUCGGAGUUCGUUACCAUGACAACUUUCUUGUCAGACUUAAUUGAUAAUUUUGACAUUCAGUCUCAAAGAAUGAAAAUUGGGAUGGCUCAAUACGGGAGCCGGUAUCAGGAAAUUAUUGAGUUGGAAAGCUCUCUGAACAAGACUCAGUGGAAGUCUCAGGUCCAAACUGUGGCCAGGAGCAAGGGCUUUCCACGAAUUGACUUUGCUCUUAAGCAUGUGAGCGACAUGUUUCAUCCCUCUGUCGGUGGAAGGAGAAACAAUGGUGUCCCUCAAACUUUGGUUGUCAUCACGUCCAGUCAUCCCCGCUAUGAUGUGGCAAAUGCAGUGAAAGUCCUGAAAGACCUCGGCAUCUGUGUCCUGGCUUUGGGCAUAGGAGAUGUUUAUAAGGAACAACUCCUGCCCAUCACAGGCAGUUCGGAAAAGAUAAUUACUUUCCGAGACUUUGAUAGAUUGAAGAGUGUGGAUGUGAAGAAAAGGAUGGUCCGUGAAAUCUGCCAGAGCUGCGGGAAAGCCAAUUGCUUUGUGGAUGUCGUGAUCGGGUUCGACAUUUCCACUCACCAUCAGGACCAGCCUUUGUUCCAGAGCCAUCCCCGCUUAGAAUCAUACCUCCCAAACAUCCUAGAGGACAUCACCUCCAUCAGAGGUGUGAGCUGUGGAGGAGGUGCGGAGGCACAGGUGAGCCUGGCCUUUAAGGUGAACAGUGACCAAGAGUUCCCAGCCAAGUUCCAAAUCUACCAGAAAGCAGUGUUUGACAGCUUGCUGCAAGUCACUGUCCGUGGGCCAACUCAUCUGAAUGCACAGUUCUUGCAGUCACUGUGGGACAUGUUUGAGGAUAAAUCUUCAUCCAGGGGCCAGGUGAUGCUUAUCUUCUCAGAUGGUCUCCAUGGUGAAAGCAUCACCACUUUGGAGCAGCAGUCAGACAGGCUCAGAGAAGCAGGACUUGAUGCUCUAUUGGUGGUGUCUCUUAACACAUUCACAAAUGGUGAGUUUUCCAGCUUUGAAUUUGGAAAAGGAUUUGACUACAGGACCCACCUGGCCAUUGGAAUGACAGACCUGGGCAAGAAGCUUUCACAGUAUCUGGGAAACAUCGCAGAGAGGGCUUGUUGCUGUACAUUUUGUAAAUGCCCAGGGAUUCCAGGACCUCAUGGAACCCGGGGACUCCAAGCCUCGAAGGGUUCUUCAGGCCUCAAAGGCAGCAGAGGACACAGGGGAGAGGAUGGAGACCCUGGAAGACGAGGAGAAAUUGGACCUCAAGGAGACAGAGGGAUCACAGGAUGUCCGGGGACUCGAGGCCAAAAGGGAGUCAAAGGAUUUGCUGGAGCUCAGGGAGAACACGGAGAAGAUGGGCUUGACGGACUGGAUGGAGAAGAGGGAUUUUAUGGAUUUCGUGGAAUAAAGGGGGAAAAAGGUGACCUUGGCUCUCAGGGCAGCCCAGGUUCCAGAGGUACCCCUGGGGAAAAUGGAGAGAAGGGCUUCCCAGGGGAUCCCGGUAACCCAGGACGAGACAGCACCACCAAAGGCCAGAAGGGCAUCAAAGGAGACCGAGGAAGACAAGGGAGAACUGGGCAGAAGGGGACACAAGGCAGUUCUAGCCCCAGAGGGAGCAGGGGAAUGGAAGGCCGGAGGGGACCCCCUGGUCCCUCGGGGGAAGCUGGAAACCCGGGGCCUCAAGGUACCCAGGGACUAGAAGGACUGCAAGGCCCACAGGGGUCCAGUGGAAAUCGCGGCGGGAAAGGAGAAGAAGGAAGUCAAGGGUAUCAGGGUCCUCAGGGUUCUCCUGGGCCAGCAGGAUCUAGAGGGAGUAUUGGAAGACCUGGGUUUUGGGGGAGAAAGGGAGAACCUGGAGUUCCUGGAGACCCAGGACCAGUAGGGCCCCCUGGACAUCGAGGAAACCAGGGAGAGCAUGGCAUCCCAGGCUAUGGCCAGAUGGGACGAAAAGGAGUUAAGGGCCCAACAGGAUUCCCUGGGGAUCCCGGGCAGAAGGGUGAUGCUGGAGACCCUGGAAUUCCUGGGGGACUUGGACCCAAAGGAUUCAAGGGAUUGACUCUCUCUCAAGGCUUGAAAGGUGAGACUGGACUACCAGGCUCUCAAGGCCCUCCCGGACGGAGAGGUCCUAAAGGCACAGCAGGGCAGCCUGUGUAUUCGCCCUGUGAUCUGAUCCAGUUCCUGCGGAACCACAGUCCCUGUUGGAAAGAAAAGUGUCCUGUGUAUCCGACAGAGGUGACAUUUGCUCUGGACCAGUCCUCUGGUAUCACAGAGAGGAGAUUUAAUGAAACAAGAGACAUCAUCACUUCCAUUGUUAAUGACCUCAACAUCAGGGAGAAUAACUGUCCUGUAGGAGCACGGGUGGUUGUAGUUUCCUACGACUCAGAUACACGCUAUCUCAUCCGUGGGUCUGACUACCGGAGCAAGAAACAGCUCCUUCAGCUUCUUUCCCAAAUAAAAUAUCAAGUCCCCCAGAAGGCCAGGGACAUUGGCAAUGCGAUGAGGUUUGUGGCCCGCAAUGUUUUCAAGCGGACAUCUUCUGGAGCCAACGCCAGAAGAGUUGCAGUGUUCUUCAGCAAUGGCCAGCCAACCAGUAGAGAGCCCAUCCUCACGGCCACCAUGGAGUUCAGUGCCCUGGACAUCAGCCUUGCAGUCUUUGCUUAUAACGAAAGAGUUUUCCUUGAUGAGGCUUUUGGGUUUGAUGACACUGGGACAUUUCAGGUGAUUCCAGUUCCCCCAGUGGGGAAUUAUGAGCCCCAGGAAAGGCUUCGGCGCUGCACACUUUGCUAUGACAAAUGUUUUCCAAAUACUUGUGCAGAAGAGACUUUUGUUCCUGAAAACUCAUACAUGGAUGUGGCAUUCCUUUUAGACAAUUCCCAUAAUAUAGCCAAUGAUGAUUUCCAAGCCAUGAAAACAUUGGUGAGCUCAGUGAUUGACAACUUUCACAUCACUUCAAACCCUUCAGUCUCAGACUCUGGUGACAGGAUUGCUUUGCUGAGCUAUUCUCCCUCAGAGAAUUCCAGAAAGAAGCACAGAGUGAAGACAGAGUUUGAGUUUACAACCUACGACAACCUGUCCAGCAUGAAGAACUAUAUUCAUACAUCCCUCCAACAACUAAAUGGAGAUGCCGCCAUCAGUCUUGGCCUACAGUGGGCCAUGGAAGGUCUCUUCCCGGCAACCCCCAAUCCAAGAAAACACAAGGUCAUCAUUGUGGUUUCAGCUGGUGAGAAUCAUGAGGAGAAGGAGUUUGUGAAGACGGUAGCUUUGAGGGCUAAAUGUCAAGGCUAUGUUAUAUUUGUGGUUUCUCUGGGCUCCACACAAAGAGAUGGGAUGGAACAAUUAGCAAGCUACCCACAUGAUCACCAUCUGAUACAGCUUGGGAGAAUGUACAAGCCAGAUAUGAAUUAUAUUGUGAAGUUUCUGAAGCCAUUUAUAUAUUUUGUCAGACAUGGAUUCAAUCAGUACCCACCACAGAUGCUGGAGGGUGAUUGCAGGCGCAUCCAUUCAGAGAGAGGAGAUGGGCCACGGCAGCGCAGCCUCCGACUGGCUGCUAAGCUGCAUGAGGUUUCUGCAACCAAGAGCAGCCUUCUUAGUCAAGAACUGUCUGCUGGGAAAGGCUCAUCGUUUAUGUUGGAGAACCAUGGAGGUGACCAUUUGGUUUACAUUCCAAACCAAACGCUGGAACCACACAUGCUAGUGAGUCACCAUGGAAACGAUCAGGAAUCUACAGGGAUGGCAAGUCUCACUUCUGAACAUGAAAAACCUGGCAGAAAAGAAUUGGGUCUUGCUGAUGAGCUGGAGGAUGCUUCUCUUCAAGAUUAUUACAUGGAUGUGGCUUUCCUCAUAGAUACUUCUCAAAGAGUCGGAAAUGAUGAGUUUAAGGAAAUGAGAACCUUGAUAACUUCAGUACUGGAUUACUUUCACAUUGCCCCAGAUCCACUGACCUCUGUCUUAGGAGACAGAGUGGCUGUCCUGACCUAUUCUCCUCCAGACUAUCUGCCAAACACUGAAGAAUGUCCAGUCUACCUGGAAUUUGAUUUGGUCACUUACAACAGGGUACACCAAAUGAAACAUCAUCUCCAAGAGUCUCUUAAGCAGCUCAAUGGAGAUGUUUUUAUUGGCCAUGCCCUUCAGUGGACAGUUGACAAUGUCUUUGUAGGAACCCCCAACCUGAGGAAAAACAAAGUUAUCUUUAUAAUAUCUGCAGGUGAAACCAGCCCUUUAGACAAAGAAGCCUUAAGGAAUGCAUCUCUGAGAGCCAAGUGCCAAGGCUACUCCAUAUUUGUAUUUUCCUUUGGUCCUGUACACAAUGACAUAGAGUUAGAAGAAUUAGCAAGCCACCCCUUGGAUCAUCACUUAGUUCAGCUUGGCCGGACACACAAGCCAGAUUUGAACUAUAUAAUUAAGUUUGUCAAGCCAUUUGUUCAUUCAAUCAGACGUGCUAUCAACAAAUAUCCCACCAGAGACCUGGAAGCCAAGUGUGCGAACAUCACCUUCCCCAGCCCAGAGAAUGCUGGCACGGAAGAUAGUUUAUUUCUCAUCCCGGAGGUGUACAAAAUUGAGGCAGGAGAUGGAGGUGAGCUGUUUGGAGACUCAGGUUCCCAGGAACAACAUUUCUUUAUACUAGGGGAUGAUCAUGGUAACCAUUCAGGGAUCCCUGCUGAUUUGAUUCAGAAGUUGUAUAUGCUCUUCUCUUCUGGAGAAGUGAUGGUGAAUGACAAUGAAGGGUCACAUCCAGAAGAAACUGCAGCUCCAGUGAAUGGCAGACAAGAUGGUGAGGAUUCGAGAUGAGCACACAGGACAGUGUCUGCUGACAUACUGGACUCCCUAUGGUGGCUCCAGCCAGGAAGUGCCAACCAUGUAUUAGAAGGGUAGGGGCAGGAAACCAGAACUAAACUUAGUUCUCAGUCCCAAAUCUGAGGGAGGCUCUUCAGAACAAAGACAUGGAAGAGCGGACCUUUGGAAACAGGAAUGGCGCUUCAUCUCUCAGGAGGGUUAGGAACACUGAGCAAGAAGUAACAGUCUUUCAUGGGACAGCUCUGUUCAGUCAUGUUGAUCAGCUUGCAAGAUUAUCUGCAAGACAUUUGUCAUAGUUGUCAUUACAUCUGUAUCUCAAAUUAGACCCUGGAGUAAAAACAAUUUGUGAUUGUCUUUUACCUAUUUAUACAACUGUAAACUCAGUGGCUUUGGUUCUUCUAGUAGGACCCUGAGAUUGUAUUGAGCAUUCCUGUCUUCUGUAGGUGGAUUUUUUCUUUUUGGUUUUGGUUUUUUGAUUCAGGGGUUUCUCUGUGUAACUUUGUAGACCAGGCUGGCCUGGAACUCAUAGAGAUCAUCCAGUCUCUGCCUUCAAGUGCUGGGAUUAAAGGCUUGCCUGGCUCUCUGUGCAUUUUCUUUACCUGAACAUUUACAAGGUAACACACUUGUAACAAAGAAAAGGAAGGGGAGGGCUGCUUUAUGAACUGCUUGCUCACAUUGGGAACGCUUGUUUUCUAUUUUAGUGGGCAUUGUAUGUACUUGGGUUUGCUGCAAACUCUUACUAACUGUAAUCUAACUCACACCCUUUAGAAUACGAGUCCAGGAAAGCACAUAUAAAUCUACGUGGGGAAUACACAAUGCAGAAUAAGAUACAGCGGUAGUGAAUUAGUUACCACAUCCUUCAGUUUAACAUGGCACACACAGGCUGUGGAGUGCUAUUUAGACUUAAAGAUGAGUAAAGGCAUGUCAUUUGCAGGAAAAUGGGUGGAACUAGAGGUCUUUGUGUUAAAUGAGUGCUGUGUUUUCUCUCACAUGUGGAAUUUGGGGUCUGGGAGGUUGGGAAGGAGACAAAAGCAAAGGAGAUUUGGAAGGGGAAAGAAAAAUAAAAUGAGUAAUAGAGGAAAGGAAUGUUAUCAAAGUGUUUUGCAUGCUUGUAUGGAAAUGUCAUAAAGAAACCCAUUAUUUUGUACGAUUAAUGCAUAUUAAUAAAAUCACUCAAUUUGGCUAAGGCAUCAA